CUGACGUGGAACCAAGUCCGUAGUCGGCUCACGAAUUCUUGCGGUAUUUCGAAAUUUGAAUGGUCUUAUCAAGUUUUUGACGCAUUUCUAGUGAUCCCUUUUUAAUUACUCGUUAUAAUUUUUCGGCAGUGCAAUGGUUUAAAUUCCACUCUUGGGCGUUUCAGUGAGUUUUUCAUGCCCAGCCCGGUUCCAGCAUUUUGAGGUUAUAGUGGUGUUUUGUUUAUAUGCUAUUUGACGUGUGAAUAAACCAAUCAUGGCAAAUAGCGUUGAACAGCCGUGCUACACCUUGAUCAGUCUUCCAUCAGACUCAGAGUUUCCCAAUGAAAUGCAACUAAAGUCAGAUCUCGAAAAGGGAGACUUGCGAACAAAGAUCGAAGCCCUGAAGAAAGUUAUCUACAUGAUAGCAAAUGGAGAAAGAAUCCCAGGACUUCUGAUGGUUAUUAUCCGCUUUGUUCUUCCUCUUGAGGACCAUACAAUGAAGAAGUUACUCCACAUUUUUUGGGAGAUAGUUCCAAAAACAUUGCCUGAUGGCAAAUUGUUGCAAGAGAUGAUAUUGGUUUGCGACGCAUAUCGUAAGGAUUUACAACAUCCAAAUGAAUUUGUCAGAGGCUCAACGCUACGAUUUUUGUGUAAGAUGAAGGAGCCAGAAUUACUGGAACCUCUUAUGCCAGCAAUCAGAACGUGCCUUGAGCAUAGGCACUCUUAUGUUCGUCGCAAUGCAGUUUUAGCCAUUUUUACAAUUUACCGGAAUUUUGAGUUUUUGAUUCCGGAUGCUCCAGAGUUGAUCGCUAAUUUUCUUGAAAGUGAGCAAGACAUGUCAUGCAAACGCAAUGCUUUUCUCAUGCUUCUCCAUGCUGAUCAGGAACGUGCUCUUACUUUUCUGGCAUCUAGACUUGAUCAAGUUUCCUCUUUUGGUGAUAUUCUUCAACUUGUCAUCGUUGAAUUAAUCUACAAAGUUUGUCAUGCAAAUCCUGGCGAAAGGUCUCGUUUUAUACGAUGCAUUUACAAUCUUCUGAAUUCAACCAGUCCUGCUGUACGCUAUGAAGCUGCUGGAACAUUAGUAACUCUCUCGAGCGCGCCAACAGCAAUCAAAGCUGCAGCAUCAUGCUACAUAGAGUUAAUUGUCAAAGAAAGUGACAAUAAUGUAAAACUGAUUGUACUUGACCGGUUGAUUGUCUUGAAGGAGCACCCUGCUCAUGAGCGUGUUCUGCAAGAUCUUGUCAUGGACAUCUUGCGCGUUUUGGCCAGCCCUGACCUUGAAGUACGCAAAAAGACACUGAAUUUGGCAAUGGAUUUAGUAUCAUCAAGAAACAUUGAAGAGAUGGUGCUUGUCUUAAAAAAGGAGGUUGCCAAAACACAUAAUGUUAUUGAACAUGAGGACACGGGAAAAUAUCGACAGCUACUUGUGCGGACCCUCCAUACAUGUUGCAUAAAGUUCCCGGAUGUUGCUGCAACAGUCAUUCCUGUCUUGGUCGAGUUCCUUUCUGACACAAAUGAAUUAGCUGCCACAGAUGUUUUAGUUUUUAUUCGUGAGGCUAUUCAUAAAUUUGACAAUCUGAGACCCCUCAUAAUUGAGCGUCUCCUUGACACAUUUUCAACCAUCAAGUCCGAAAGAGUUCACCGAGCCUCAUUAUGGGUCCUUGGAGAGUACACGAACAGCCCAGAUGAUAUUCAAUCAGUAAUGGCUCAAAUCAACAAGGCAUUAGGUGAAGUUCCAAUCGUAGAAGAUGAAACUCGCAGAGCAGCAGGUGAAAAAGGUGAAGAAGUCGAACAUUCCAAAAUUACUAGCAGUGGCACCUCCACCCCUAAACUUGUCACCUCUGAUGGCACUUAUGCAACUCAGUCUGCUUUUAACACAACAACAAAUACAAAAAAAGAAGAACGCCCACCACUUCGCCAAUACUUCAUGGAUGGAAACUUUUUCAUCGGAGCAUCUCUCGGAACAACUCUGACCAAGCUAGCAUUGAGAUAUAUUGAGCUGGUACAAGAUAAAGUGAAACAGAAUAAAUUUUUGUCAGAAGCUAUGCUUAUCAUUGCUUCAAUUUUGCAUCUUGGAAAGUCGGGCUUGACCACCAAAGCGAUUACUAAUGAUGAUGCUGACAGGCUCUUGGUGAGUCUCCGAGUGCUGUCAGAAAAAGCCCCACCUAUCGUUGGAAUUUACACCAAAAACUGCCGGCAAGCCUUAGCAUCCAUGCUUGUCGCCAAAGCAGAGGAAGAAGCUUCAUCGCAAAAGGCCAAAGAGAAACCAGGAAACCAAGUCCAAACCGAUGACCCCAUCAACUUUAUGCAAUUGUCUACCACACGCGGUGGGGAAUUUGGAGCCACUGAAAAUGUUUUUGAGUUGAGCCUAACGCAAGCUGUAGCUGGCAACCUUAGUGGGUCUUCGCAAGAUACACAUUCGCCUCUAUCUGCAAGCAAACUCAAUAAGGUGACCCAGCUGACAGGAUUCUCAGACCCUGUGUACUCGGAAGCUUAUGUUCACGUCAAUCAAUAUGAUAUUGUUUUGGACGUCUUGAUCGUCAAUCAGACCUCGGAUACUCUACAGAACUGUACCUUAGAGCUUGCAACUUUGGGCGACUUGAAGUUGGUUGAGAAACCACAGCCUGUAGUCUUGGCCCCUCAUGAUUUUUGCAAUAUCAAGGCAAAUGUGAAAGUAGCCUCCACUGAAAAUGGCAUUAUUUUUGGAAAUAUAGUAUAUGAUGUCAGCGGUGCCUCCUCAGAUAGAAACGUGGUUGUGCUGAACGAUAUUCACAUAGAUAUCAUGGACUACAUUGUUCCAGCCUCCUGUAAUGAUAUCGAGUUCCGAGUGAUGUGGGCAGAAUUUGAGUGGGAGAAUAAACUCUCAGUCAAUACUAACCUGACAGAUCUGCACGAGUAUUUGCACCACCUUAUAAAGAGCACUAAUAUGAAAUGCCUAACCCCGGAGAAAGCAUUGUCAGGGCAGUGCGGUUUCAUGGCAGCCAACAUGUAUGCCCGCUCGAUCUUCGGAGAAGACGCCCUAGCAAAUCUCAGCAUAGAGAAACCCUUCAACAAACCAGAUGCACCUGUCACUGGUCACAUUCGAAUCCGUGCAAAAAGUCAGGGUAUGGCCUUAAGUCUUGGUGAUAAGAUCAACGCAACACAGAAAAGACCUGUCAAAGCUUGUUAACCCUCAUAAUCCACACACUUUCAUUGCAUUUUUCACCGUCAUCAAUCAGAGUAUUUUAUUGUUUUCUUUUGUACAUAUUUAUUAAAUUUGUUAAGAUUUUUAUUAGUCAAUUGAAUUUUGUGUCUGCUGCCAGCUUUUAAUUUAUAGUGAAGAACAUUUUGGGAGAUUGCAUGAUGAAUGAGUCUCUAAGAUGUUAAUCACACAAGAAUUUUUAAUGUCCAGUUUUGAAAGCAGGUGGUUAACUUUAAAUGACUCAGUCAAAUGUAACUAUAAUUGAGUAUUGUUCAUUGUCUUCUUCAAUAAAUUUAUACAUUAUUAUUGUCA